AUGACUCAUUUGCAGGCAGGUCUCUCCCCGGAGACUCUAGAGAAAGCCCGACUAGAGCUGAACGAGAACCCUGACACCUUGCACCAGGACAUCCAAGAGGUGCGGGACAUGGUGAUCACCCGGCCGGACAUCGGCUUCCUCCGCACCGACGAUGCUUUCAUCCUGCGGUUCCUGCGGGCCAGGAAGUUUCAGCACUUCGAGGCGUUUCGCCUCCUUGCCCAGUACUUUGAAUAUCGCCAGCAGAACCUGGACAUGUUCAAGAGCUUCAAGGCCACAGACCCGGGCAUCAAACAAGCACUGAAGGAUGGCUUCCCCGGCGGACUGGCCAACCUGGACCACUACGGCAGGAAGAUCCUCGUCCUUUUUGCUGCCAACUGGGACCAGAGCAGGUACACACUUGUGGAUAUUUUGCGUGCCAUACUUCUUUCUUUAGAAGCCAUGAUAGAAGACCCUGAGCUUCAAGUGAAUGGAUUUGUUUUGAUUAUAGAUUGGAGCAACUUCACCUUCAAGCAGGCCUCCAAACUCACACCAAGCAUGCUUAGAUUAGCCAUAGAAGGCCUCCAGGACAGUUUUCCAGCUCGGUUUGGAGGAAUACAUUUCGUCAAUCAGCCAUGGUAUAUCCAUGCCCUCUACACAGUUAUACGGCCCUUUUUAAAGGAGAAGACACGAAAAAGGAUAUUCCUGCAUGGUAAUAACCUCAACAGCCUGCAUCAACUAAUACACCCUGAGAUCCUGCCUUCAGAGUUUGGAGGAAUGUUGCCCCCUUAUGAUAUGGGGACAUGGGCAAGAACACUGCUUGACCAUGAAUAUGAUGAUGACAGUGAAUGCAAUGCAGACUCCUACAAUGCUCCUGCAAAAGAUUUAGAAAAGGAACUCUCUCCCAAAUCCAUGAAAAGGUCUCAGUCAGUUGUGGAUCCUGGGGUGCUGAAACGCAUGGAUAAGAAUGAGGAAGAAAACAUGCAGCCUUUGCUUUCACUUGACUAA